CCUGGGGGGUGGAGUUCACGAGUAUCUCUUCGAAGACGUUUCUUUUCAAGUCACCAUGAGUAUGGGAAUGUCGACAAACAGGCGUCUCAGUAGGGGAAGGUAAUCUUCGCGGAAUCCGCUGGUUGCCAGGCUCCAUACUACGCGCUUGUUUUGUUUUAACCACUGUAGUGUUACUGUCGCCGAAGCGAUACAGCGAGCGUGCCCUGGCUUUCGGGUUUUCCGUUUAACUUUUAUCAGUCGACCGGAAAUGGCAGAUUGUGGUUGGGAAAUAAGAUCACCCUCUUCCUUCCAAACUCAAAAUAAUAGAACUUAAUAAGAAGGAUGUGAAAGCCUUGGAAAGAAUGAAGAAAUUAUUCACUGGAAUAACUUCAAGGAAAAGAGAUAACAGUUUAUUGAAUCGUACAAAACGUAUGACAUGAAAGAAGUCACCUGCUGUUACUUCUUUAUCUGUGAACACCGUAUAUUAGCACAGAAACUAAGUGUGUACAAAGUGGAUAAGGAGCAUUUCACUUCUGCCUGAAAACCUAUUUUCAUACUCUUUGAAUGUAAGGAUACUGGAAUACCAACAUGCAGAAUCAGCAUAGGAAUUCCACUGCUGAGAACAUGACUGGAAUAUACCUUGGAGUGAAAGGAUCUCCUCCUCGGUUCAACCACAUUGCUGCCAUACCACCUCUUUUUCGAAGGCUAAGCUUUAGCCGAGCCAAAACUCCAGUGGAAAAUCAACGCUUCAGAAAAAUUGAGAUGCUGCGAUCGAUUGAGCCUAUGCAGGGUUUCAAAGGUGCUGCGGUCAAGGCAAAGGUAAAGUCUGUCAUUCCAGAAGUAGAAUUAUACCAUCAGCAUCACAAACGAUCCACUGUGUUAAGUGCUGAAGAGCUGAGCAAGUUGGCAAGAAAAGUCUUGAUGGAUUUUGGAAUUCCAAGAGAAAACAACAGUGUCAACAGUGUCAAUUUGAGAAGAAGAAACAUGAGCCCCCGGGGAAAGCUUCUCAAUAGCACCUACCAGCCAAGCAUCCAAGAAUUGUCUGUUGUCAUGAAUUCUGGAAGAAGCAAUGAUCAUUGCAGGACAACCUUACCAAAACAGAAACCAAUUAGAAACACACCUCGCCAGAGGGAAAUAUGUGAGAAAUCUGAUGGCAGUGGGGAAGAAGCUGUUCCUAAAACGAGUGUGAAACCUGCCCAACCUGGGAGAAGAAGUCCCACCAGACAACUAAGAAGCAGUAAAGCUCAGCAUCUGGCAAUGAAUAGGUGUCUUCAGAGUUCUCCAGUGUUUACAAAGGUGGAGCGGAAUGGCAGAACUGCAAAGACCUGCUCACGGGACACCACAGAGGACAAAAUACUUCUACCAUCAUCAUAUAUCAGUGGGAGUGCUUUGCUUCUUCCUCAAAUGUCUAUUUCUCUGGGAAGAGUCCACAUGGCAGGCCACUGGGGGUAUAAGAUGCCAAAGCUCAACACAACUUUGGGAAAUGCUCUAAGUUCAAAUUCUUUGGAACCAAAACAGAGGAUAGAUGGCAAUAACACCAGUAAACUGGUUACCUUAGCAACCUCUGUGAACGGCAAUCGUGUGACGAAUGGAUUGGGAAGGCUGGAUGAAACCAAAAGACGCAACAAAGUAAACAGCUUUACUUCGGAAAAACAAAAUCAAUCAAAUCUUCAGAAGAUUAGGGGUCAAAGGGAAGGCCAUUCUUCACAUUCGUUAAAAGUAUGUUCUAUCUUCAACUCUGGGACAAGGACUUCACCCCAUUCGGAGAGAAAUGGACUAUAUACAGACAGGAUGAAAGGUGAACAGCCUGAUUCAUAUGAAAGCAACAUUCCAGGAAGUUUUAAAAUAGACAACUCAGAACCCUUGGAAGUAGAAGUGCAGGACCUGACAAAGUUGGAGGCUUCAGAAAUACCCAAUACUGAUAAUGAAAAAGAUGAUGAAGAAUCAAUAGCAACAGACAGCACUGUACAACUCACAAAGCACAUUGAGGUGAUCAUUAACUUGAAACCAAAGGUGGAGGAGAAUAUCGAGUGUAGCAUUGAGAAAGACCUGCAAAUAAAUUCAGAUGAAACUCUUGAGUGAGCAUGUGAAAUUUAUAGAUUUUUAAAUGAUUAAUAUUGAACUAUGAUUCACAAACUCAGAAUCAGGUUUAUUAUUAUCAACAUAUGUCGUGAACUUUGUUAAACUUAUUUCCUGCUUAGUAUUCUCAAGAAAUGUAAAACCAUUUUGAUCAAUAUUUGACAUAUAAGUAUGUUUUUCAAGGUAUGAAUACAUAUCAUGAUGAUACCGAAAGUAAAUAACUUUUGGCCAUAAUGUAGAUCUUGGUGCCAACCGCUGAAAGCUAAUGACUAAUAAUAUCUGUUUGAUUAUGUUAUUGUGCCGAUGCAGGGAACUAACCAAUGAUAACAGGUGAUUGAUCUUUGGUAAUUAAUAUAUUAUUGUCAUAUAUACCAAGAUACAAUUUAAAACUUUGCUUUGCAUGUUACCCAUACAAAUCAUUCCAAAACAUAAAUACAUUGAGGCCGUAUAAAAGGAUUAGCAAUAACGGAAUGCAGUUAGAGCAACUUUGUGGUGCAGGUAGAAAAUUAAGAUGUAUGGGCCAUGUAAUGGUCAAUUGAGGAAUCAAGGUUCAUCUUUAUCAUACUUGAGAUCAGAUCAAGGUUCUUAUAACAGCAGAUUAGAUAGAAACUGUAUUCAAUCCAUGUGAUGUGUGAUUUCAUUCCUCUGCCUGGUGGAAGAGGAGAGAGGAGAGGAGAGAAUGACCAGGAUGUGAGGGGUCUUUGAUUUUGUUGGUGUUCCUGAGGCAGUAGGAAGUGCAGAGUCAAUGAAGGGGAGGUUGGUUUUCAUGAUGUACUGAGCUCUCCACAAUUCCUUGCUAUUUUAGACAAAGCAGUUGUCAUACAAAACCUUGGUGCAUCUGGUUAGGAUACAUUCUAUCGUAUAUUGAUAAAAAUUGGGGACUUGCUGAACUUGCGAGGAAGUAGGGGCAGUCUGUGGCUUUCUGGCCAUAGAUUCUAUGUUGUUAAGUCUUUGAUUUUUCUCCUAAUACACACUAAAUAAUUAUAAUUCUGAACAGAAUAGCUUAUUGUCUAAUGAAAAGCACCAAUUUUCAUUUACAUAACAUUUUUGAUAUAGUAAAUUAUCCCUUGGUACUUCAUAGAUUAUCAGAUAGAAUUUGACACCAAAUCAUAUAAAAAUGUAUUUCAAUACUUGACCAAAGAGUUGUCAAAAAGAUUAAGCAGAAUCCCAGUGAGGUUGGAGAAGUUUAGGAUAUAAAUUCCAUAAUUUAAUUAAUUCAAAAUGCACCAUUAAUGAAACAUGGUCAGAAACAGAGCAACAAAGAUAGCUAGUAGGAAUAGAGUUAUGGAGGACAUUACAGUGACAGAGCUGGAGAAGGGUUUGGAUGAAUUUGAAAGCACAUAUGGGAGUUCUAAAACUGAGCAUGGUAAACUGAGUACUGGUAUAGACAUGACCACAGAGGUAACAGGAGCCUUUGUACUUAUUUGGAUGGGAACAGCAGAGUUAGUUCUGUGCUUAUGUUUAUGGAGAUGAAGAAGUAGUUAGAGGGACAACUGCGAGCUGUGUAUUUAAUAAGAUUGCACGUCAAAUGAUAAAACUGUUUAUUUAAGAAAUCUUUUUUAGUUUUUUUGAAGUAUUUCAUAUAUUAUCACACUAUUGUCUUAAAGAAUUUGUAUCAGGAAAGUUAUUAUGAAUGUUAGUAGGUGUAUUUUUAAUCAUUUUUCUUCUUUAUCCACUACACUUGGUUGCCAAACCCACACUUAGAGGCUUACACUAAGUUUAAGGGUGUCCUAUUUCUGAAAAAAAAGAUUAUUUGAUAAAUAGUUUGUGUUAAGUCAACUCCAGUCUUUUUAUUAAGAUGACAGUGACCAUUUAAUUUAACUCUGAGAAUAUAAACAUACGUUUGUAAUUUUGUAACAGUAUACUUACUAUUUUAUCAUUUCAGUUUUUCACCUUUCUGCAUAACAGGUGAGGUAAUUUUGUGUGGACCAGUUGUUUAUGGUUUUUAAUCUGAUAUGAUGUUUUGCCAAGGUCUCAAUUAGUUAUAAAAGCUUUUUUUAAAUUCUAUUUUUUUUUCAGAAAUCCAUUUUCAUGGUCGGAUUAUCAAUAGAAAACCAAUGUUUUUUUUCUAAUGUACAUAUCAGUUUGAAUUAAUUAUGUUCUUUUUUUAACAUUAUCUCCCUGCUCUGUUCAUUAAGAAAUCAUUACUCAGUGCAGAGGGACAGAAAUAAUAGCUGGGAGUGUCUCAUGUUGGUCCUUGUUCUACAAGCAUAUUGCAAGGAGGAAAAUACAUGUUCUCAAGAAACUAUCAGAGACAUGAAAAGCAAAGUGUUGUUUCUUUAUUAUUUACUGUAGAUCAGUUAAAAAUUAACACUUGUCAAAACUAAACACAUCAACUGAAUAUAAUGAAUUUUGAGGCAAACAACUUGGAUUUUUGUAAGGUUUUGUUAAAAAUGUAUUACUUUAUUAAGUAAAACUAAUUUCACAUUUUGCAAAUAUAUUUAUACACGGAGGGCCGCCAUCUUAAUAAUGAAUGUUGCAAUAAUGAUGUAAAUAGCUCAGGUUAUUUCCCAGGUCAACACUAAGGCAACAAUCUGAACAGAGAUUUGGGCUGUAUAAUUAGGGAAGGAAUUAGUGAGUUAGAAAAUAGCCCUCAGUGUAUAUAAUUUGUUGGCAGAGUAAGGCUGCAUGGACUGUGGUCAGUUGUUCUGUGGAAUUAUGUCUUUAAAUGCAAACCUAAGAAGGCAAGACACAAAUCUGGAAGUUGAUUAUAUGAUUUCUCUGCAACAUCAUUGACUCUGAAUCUGGAUCUCAGGAACUAACUCAUUGUGUUAAAUUACGAGAUUUGAAAAUGUCACUGAAUCUGGUCAUGCAAUCAUUGGCAGCAUUCCUUUGAUAUUGGUAAAAUUUAAGAUUAAUAAAGAUUUUUAAAGGUUUAUUCUGACAUUUGAAUUGCUAUAAUGAGAAUGCAGAAAAAUAAAGCUGGUAAAAAUGCAUUUUAAAUACCGUGUCAUCAAAAAGAGUUAAAACAAUCGCUUUAAAAAGUGAGAUAGUUAAUAUAAAUUUUUAUGCCCCUGUGCUGCACUAUAAAUAUUUACAUCACAACUGCGACAGUUCAAAUUUCUCUCAAAAAAGAUCAAAUUUCAAUUGCCUAUUUUCAGCUGAUUACAACUUCUUUUCCUUUACAAAAAGUUACCUUUUAACUACAGUUCAUCCAAAAUUAAUACUAAUCAAGUCAAGUCAACUUUUAUUGUCAUUUCAACUGCUGGUACAGUGCAUAGUAAAAUUGAGACAAUGUUUUUCAGGAUCAUGGUGUCACAUGACACAGUACAAAAACUAGACCGAACUACGUAAUUGGAACUACACUGGACUGCAUAAAGUGCACAAAAACAGUACCAGCAUUACAAUAAAUAAUAAACAGGACAGUAGGGCAAGGUAUCCGUCCAGGCUUCGGGUAUUGAGGAGUCUGAUAGCUUGGGGGAAGAAACUGUUACAUAGUCUAGUUGUAAGAACCCGAAUGCUUCGGAGCCUUUUCCCAGACGGCAGGAGGGAGAAGAGAUUGUAUGACGGGUGCAUGGGGUCCUUCAUAAUGCUGUUUCCUUUGCGGAUGCAGCGUGUAUUGUAAAUGUCCGUGAUGGCGGGAAGAUGAUCUUCUCAGCUGACCUCACUAUCUGCUGCAGGGUCUUGUGAUCCGAGAUGGUACAAUUUCAGAACCAGGCAGUGAUGCAGUUGCUCAGGACGAUCUCAAUACAACCACUGGAGAAUGUGAUGAGGAUGUGGGAUGGGAGAUGGACUUUCCUCAGCCUUCGCAAAAAGUAGAGACGCUGCUGGGCUUUCUUUGCUAUGGAGCUGGUGUUGAGGGACCAGGUGAGAUUCUCCGUCAGGUGAACACCAGGAAAUUUGGUGCUCUUUACGAUCUCUACUGAGGAGCCGUCGAUGUUCAGUGGGGAGUGGUCGCUCCGUGCCCUCCUGAAGUCAACAACCAUCUCUUUUGCUUUGUUCACAUUAAGAGACAGGUUGUUGGCUCUGCACUAGUCCGUUAGCCGCUGCACCUCCUCUCUGUAAGCUGACUCGUCGUUCUUGCUGAUGAGACCCACCACUGUGGUGUCAUUGGCAAACUUGAUGAUAUGGUUCAAGCUGUGUGUUGCAGCACAGUCAUUGGUCAGCAGAGUGAGCAGCAGUGGACUGAGCACACAGCCCUGGGGGGACCCCGUGCUCAGUGAGAUGGUGUUGGAGAUGCUGCUCCCAAUCUGGACUGACUGAGAUCUCCCAGUCAGGAAGUCUAGGAUCCAGUUGCAGAGGGUGGUGUUCAGGCCCAAUAGGCUCAGCUUUCCAAUCAGUUUCUGAGGGAUGAUUGUGUUGAAUGCUGAACUAAAGUCUAUGAACAGCAUUCGAAUGUAUGUGUCUUUUUUGUCCAGGUGGGUUAGGGCCUGGUGGAGGGUGGUGGCAAUGGCGUCAUCUGUUGAGCAGUUGGGACGGUACGCAAACUGCAGGGGGUCCAGUGAGGGGGGCAGCAGGGUCUUGAUAUUCCUCAUGACGAAUCUCUCGAAACACUUCAUGAUGAUGGAUGUGAGUGCAAUGGGAUGGUAGUCAUUUAGGCAGGACACUGAAGACUUCUUCGGCACGGGGACAAUGGUGGCGGCCUUGAAGCACAUUGGAAUAAAUAAUAAAUAAAUGCAAAAUUCUUUGUCACUUAAUUGUUGGAUUUAUUUUCAAACUGUGAUUGCAGCUAAAUUAUAGAUGCCAAAUUAUAAUUUAUAUUUAUUAAAAUGCUCCAUUCCAGAACAAAUUCACCUAAAUUUCCAUAAAGAAUAGUACUAAUACUUGCUGCUUUUAACGGAAAAAUAACUCAAUAAAUUUGGUGAAUCAAACAAUUUUUUGAGGACUUUGAACUACUGAUUUAACUGAAACUUUCUGUUAGUUGCUUUCAUAACUCAUAACAUGAAGACCCAAAAAGAAAACAGAUCUUACAUUUCCUUUGAAUUUGGUGCUGAAUUCUGUUUUGUAAAUGAGCAAUGGUACUGAAAUCAAAUUCUAUAUGUUUUAACAUUGAUUAGUUUUCUCAUUAAUUUAACAGUAAAUUUGCUAUGUUUACCAUGCUUGUUACACUAGCUCAGUGUAACACAUUUAGAAUGAUUAAUAAAUGGGUGCCAUUGUAGCAUAGCGGUUAGGGCAACACUAUUACUGUAGUAUAUUCAAUGUUUUAGUAAUAUUGUAAAUACAUUGUUUGAUAAGCAUUCUUUGUGGUUUAUAUCAUGCUUUGUGGGUCUUAUGCACAUGUCAUUAUGCCACCUUGUCACAUCUGUGCACCUUGCUAAAGAAAAGAA